AUGUCUCUUCCCCCACACCACGAGGCAAGCGACGGCGGAGACGAGGACGGCACUGCCAAUGGGCCAGCCAUGGCUAUCACCCUGCCGGCUUCACUCCUGGAGCUCGAUCUGACGACACUGCAAGAGUUACUUCGUCGAACGGGUGCCAACAUGCAGUCCCUGAGAAAUGUCACCGGGCCAAUGGGCUCGACAGUCGAACUUCUCGCGUCUUCGCAUCCGUUCGAUGAGGAUGAUGAUGACGAGGACGAGUACCGACCGCCUCGAUCAAGUCGCCAGCGAGCGCGCCGAUGGGAUCAUUCGCCAGAAACAUUGCGUAUAGAACGCGAUCUGGAUCUCGCAGCUGACCAGCAAAUCACCGCGGAACACCGUGAGUUUUUCCUCGGAACAAGUUCUCGCUGCACUGCAUAUACUGACUGCUACUUUCAUCACAGAACUUCGCGCCAUGCCGACCAACGAGCAUAGGCGUCGUCAGCGAGCCCGCCGUAUGUAUAUCUCGCCAGACUUCAUCCGCCGCGCGAGAGAGGACCUCGAGGACGACAAGGAGCUCAUGGCGGCCUUGGGCAAAGUUGCCGACGUGCAUCUGAGCUACGAAGGUAUGAUUCACAUGGCCCAUGGCUAUUUCGGUGCGGAGGAGGCUGUGAACGAGCGAGAUGUUCGUUACAUCAAUGGCUUCGGCUUCUCGGGUGAGUUGAAUGAGCAGCGCGGCCUGGAUGGGUAUCUCAGUGCCGUGGACCGCGAGCAGUGGCGCAUCCGGCAGGCAUGGGGGACGGCAGCAGCGGCAGCAGCGAGCUCAGCAGCAUCACCAGCGACAGCGACGAAUCGACCGGCAGCACGAGCAAACGGCGAGUGGCGAGCAGCGCCGAGAUUCCGGGCGGCCGUAGGAAGCUCUCAUUGCAGAUGAUUUCCCACGAACGAAUGGACAGGGACACGGACUACGAGAAUCUGGUGGGAAGGCGUUAUCAGAUGUGA